AUGUACGAAAUCAAACCUGACCAAAUCCUCGCUUCAGCAUACACCAUGAUCGUUCUCACCGGCAUCGCCAUCGUAUCCCGCUUCUUUCUCCGCGGCCUACGCAACGAAGCCUUCCGGCUCGAAGACGGUUUCAUGCUUUUCGCCUUUGUAACGUUCAAUAUCUUAUCCACAAUCACCAUCGUCGUGGUCCCCAUUGCAUAUCAAAUCGUAGCCGUUAGCUACGAUUUGAAACCGCUAUAUAAUGGUUUGUUUGAUGACGAAGAGUAUCAGCUCAGGGUGACUUAUCUUGGCAACUGGAUCUCUAUAUUGUCUUCGUGUACCCGGUUAGAAGGUUAUUUUAGGCCGGGUGGUUGCAAUACCGAUCGAGACGCCAAAGCACAAAUGGCCAAUCUUUACUAUGUAGUAGUAACUGAAAUAAUUACUGAUGGACUAAUUAUGGCCCUCCCUAUCAUGUUCCUACAUCAAGCCAACCUUACUCGAACAACAUAUUACCGAACCGCUGCAAUCUUUUCUGUCGGUGUUAUAUGCAUCGUUGUGGCGCUUGUUCGAGGUAUCACCAUCGGAACGAGGUUGUCGGUGAACACGCCUACUUUGCCAUGGAUCCUUAUAUGGGAGAUGAUUGAAGGCGGCAUAGCGGUCAUAGUUGGUUGUCUCCCCGCAUACGCAGUCUAUUUCAUCCAGGCCACAAAACGACCAGGUACAACCCAGCAGACAGGCUCUGCUCUCUAUGAGCCUCGGACAGUUGAAGUUGGUAACCAGGAUAAUAUCAUAACUCGCAUUACAACUAGAUUACCGGCGAGCUUCAAACGCUUUACGUGUACACAAUAUGAGGACGGGAACCUUACGAGUGGAAUUCGUCAGACUCGUAAAAUUGAAGUGACUACUCAUUCUGCGGAGGAGGAGGGUCAUCCGGUUCCUGCAGUUCCAACGGAGAGAGCUUUUCCUCAUUGUAAUAUCUUAUAG